GUUAUUCUCCCUUCAUCAAUUUUGACAGUUAAUAAGCAGAUAAAAAAUACGAAACACGAAAAUUUAGGAGAUUUGUUGGCAAAUUGAGUUGAGCGCUGAAUACACUUUACAUAUUUUCGUAGUAUGUGCAAUUGCUAAUUGGCAAUACUUUAAUUUUAUUGUGAGAUUUGGAUUUUCCUUUUUUUGUCCAUAAAUAUAUUAAUCGGGGCCGCGGUACAAUGGGUCUUUGCAAGUGCCCUAAACGCCAAGUGACGAAUCAGUUCUGUUUUGAACAUCGCGUCAACGUUUGCGAAAAUUGCAUGGUCCAAAACCACCCAAAGUGCGUUGUUCAAUCAUAUUUGCAAUGGCUACGUGACAGCGAUUAUGUUUCCAAUUGUACACUUUGCUCCACAACAUUAGAACAGGGUGAAUGUGUACGGCUGAUCUGUUACCAUGUGUUCCAUUGGGAUUGUUUGGAUGCCCGACAGUCGUCAUUGCCGGCCAAUACGGCGCCACGCGGUCAUCAGUGUCCUAUUUGCGAGACGGAGAUAUUUCCAAAUUCCAAUUUGGUAUCGCCCGUAGCUGAUGCAUUAAAAGCUUAUUUGUCACAAGUGAAUUGGGGUCGAAAUGGCCUGGGACUUUCCUUGUUGCCUAAUGACCAAUCAACAACAAGUGCAAAGGUGAGAGCCCAGGUGGUGUCUGCAGACGCGCAAAUAGAAUCGGUAAUGACAAAAGUGCAUCAUUCCAGCAGCAUGGAGCGCUCGAAAGCAAAUGGUGUGUUCUCGAAUCAAACGACACGUCACGACCAUCCACAUUCUGUGCUCUUAAUGGAUGCCUUCAGUCCACCAUCAGAAAGGGAUAUUCAUGCUAACAGUAGACGACCAAUGCUGCCACGUCAGCCGCCAAUCGGUGGUCAUGAUCGUGACGAAAAUAAGUAUGAGCGCCGUACACCUUCCGAAAAUUUUUCCCGUUGGUCUCGCCGGUUCUAUGCACCAUCAUCGCGUCCUCCCUGGCGACGCACUUGGUUCCUGGUAUUAAGCGGCGUGUUGGCAUUUUUAGUACUCAUCUAUUUAAUGGCACAUUUUGGACGUGGUGGUGAUGACAAUUCACUCGAUGACAGUUGGAAUGCUCCUAACCCUCAAAACUUGCACUACGACUAAAUUGAAAAGCUGAAAAUCGCCGAGUCGAUCUAAAACGAUACGAGUAAUUAUUUUCAAAAAAUUAUUUUUUUAAAUUUAUAGUAACAUGGUAAAGCUUGUAUAAGGGCGCCUACAAUUAUUAUUUGACAUAUUAUUAUUGAAUACUUACUGUUAAAUUUGUGCAAUUAGAGUGACUAAAACAACGCAUUUGCGAAAAGAAGUACAGU